AGCAACUAUAAAGAAAGUAAAACAAAAAAAAAACAAAAUAAAAUAAAAAGGAACUAACUUCAAGCAGCGAAAAGAUUGAAUCGAUUGAGUUGGUCUUUCCGCAUCGAUGCCUCUGCUAUCUGCUUGUUAAGCUCCGCUGUGUUGCUGGGCGAUUGUUUUCAUUUUGUGCGGUUAGCCUUCAACGCAGCCUAAAUGUUUCUCUUCAAAAAACUUUGAUCAGCAGGAUGUUAGGAUGGAGGGCUGUCUACUUCUGCCCGACAGCUUGGUUUUGGAGAUCUUCUUGCGUCUGUCUCACACUGCCGUGCUGAGAGCUGGUCUGACCUGCAGACAGUGGCAGGCCGUCUCCAGAGAUGAGUUCCUGUGGAGGGAGCUGUUCUACAACUACUACCGGAUACCCCGCUCUGUACCUCGACACCCCUCGGCUUUUUCCUGGUACAGGGAGUUCAAGCGCCUCUAUGACUGUAUCCCCUGUGUGGAAGUUCAGACGCUUAGAGAGCACAGCGACCAGGUUCUACACUUAGCUUUUUCUCAUAGAGGUCACCGCUUCUCCUCCUGUUCCAAAGACUGCACAGUUAAGCUGUGGGACACGGAGAGGCCAGAUGGAGUUAUUUCACUGGUACACAGCUCAAGCAUGCGCCAGUUCAACUGGGGCUACACCCAGUUCUCCCAGUUCAACGCUGACGACAGCCUGCUGUUGGUUUCUGGAGUCUAUCUGGGCCCUCACCACUCUUCGUCAGGGGAAAUCGCCGUCAUAAGCAUGGAAAACUACACACUGUUGUCGCGGGUUAGAAACAAGCCGUAUGAUGUCUUUGGCUGCUGGUUAAACGAAACUCACCUGAUCUCUGGAAACUUGCACUGGAUCGGCAACAUGACAUCCUGCUCGGUUCUCUGGCUCAACAAAGCCUUCCAGGACAUCGAAUCAGAAAACGUCAAUGUGGUCAAGCGCCUCUUCAAGAUCCAAAACAUCAAUGCCAGCACCAUUCGUACGGUGAUGGUGGCUCACUGCCAUCGCCAUGACAACCCAGACCUGCUGCUGGACUAUGAGGCUCAGUCUCAGGCCAGGAGGCAGAAAGGAGAGCAGCAUUCUCAGCACCAACCGCUCCUCUUCGACCUGGGAGCCUCUGGAAGUGAAGAGGAGCUGGAGGAAGGGGAGGAGGAAGAAGAAGACUAUCAUCGGGACUCCAGAGGUCACAGCUUCUCUGCCCGUCGUCCCCAAUCCUCUGUCUCAAGCCUGGAGCAGGUUAUUCAUAGUUGUAAAAAUGUAAGAAGCAGUGAUCGAGAAAUCGAGUCCAAGGUCGCUCAGAUGAUGGGCCGAGUCCACACAAAGGCCCCUGAGUCCAGCCUCAUCCAGUCCGCUGAGUCUGCGGAAGAUGAAGACAAAACGUAUUUACUGUUUACCACCGGCAGCCUUACAUACUCUCCUCACCAGAUCGGCAUUAAGAGAAUCAAACCAGACCAGAUGACAACUUCUGGUCCUGUUCUUGGGGAAGAGCGGAGCUCAGAGUUUUUUGAUUCCCUGGACCAUGUUAUUGAUAUCCACGGCCACAUCAUUGGGAUGGGAUUGUCACCGGACCACAGGUACCUCUAUGUGAACAGCCGGGCGUGGCCAGCGGGAUGCGUCAUCUCUGACCCCAUGUCUCCGCCUCCCAUCGCUGAAGAGAUAGACCUUCACGUCAUUGACCUGAAGAGCUUAAGGGAGGAAAGGAGGAGCCUGCGGGCUCACCGGGCCUUCACACCCAACGAUGAGUGCUUCUUCAUCUUCCUCGAUGUCAGCAGAGACUUUGUUGCCAGUGGAGCAGAGGACAAGCACGGCUACAUCUGGGACCGACACUAUAACAUCUGUCUGGCCCGGCUGGCGCACGACGACGUUGUGAAUUCGGUGGCGUUCAGCCCAGCGGAUCAGGAGCUGCUGCUGUCCGCCAGCGACGACUCCACCAUCAAGGUGUGGCGCUCGCCGCGGAUGGUCCGUCUCGCUCAAGCGUCUCCUCGGAAGCUGAGGCACCGCAGCCUCCUGCCGUCGUGGCUCACCCGCACCAGAAACUCCACAGCCGCCGGCAGCGUGAACGGAAAACCCUGAGCCCGGGUGAAAAUCUCUCUGGGAGGUAUGGAGCAGGGUGAAGAAGCCUGGUCACCCCGCCGGCCAAACAUACACUCCAUGUUUGUGUACAGUGUGGUUACAACUUUGUGGUUUUGCUCGAGUCUCUGUAGUGACCUAACGCCAUCAGGAGACGCGUGACUCAAGUCUAUACACAAGGGGGCGCCGUUGCACCACACAAUGGAGAAACCGCUACAGAAACUGCUGAAAUGAAGCAUAGCAGAUGGAAACAGUCAUGUGUUGCUGCCUAAAUGCACAUCACCAAUGUCCCGAAGUGUCUCCUAAGGUCAUCAGACUGAUCUACAGAGGAAGCCACUGCUGCAGUACAAGUCAUGCCAACUGCAGCCGUUUCUUUCUCCAUCGUCCUCAUUAUUGGGCCGGUAACUGAUUUAUGUUUAUUUUUGCCAAUUCAUAGAAAGAUUUAAUAUGUUUCCCGAUUAAAACUUUGCAAAUCCUGAUUCAAAAGAGUUAAAAAAAAAAAAAAAAAAAAGGAGAAAGCCAGCUUGAGCUGUAUUCCCUGUGGUCUUCCUUGGUUUUACGGUUGUCAGGUUUUUAUGCUUUUGUGGACCCGGAACUAUUGUUCUUUGUAGAUUUAUCGAGUAAUUUAUUCCAAAAGAUUUGUCCAGGAGUAUUUGGCGUAAAGCAUGACUGUAUAAAAAGAGGUCUUUGUAGCUGGUUGUUACUCCCGUCGGUGUAAUAUGAAAGUGUAUUUGUAAGCCUCCUUAUGAGAAGAAUUAGAAUUUCUUCUAAGAAAGGAACCCCAGAAACUGAUGCCUGCUUGACGGUCUAAAUUAAAAAAGGGAGAUGCCAGCGACUUUUCAACUGUCACUAUUUAUGUGCACAACAGGCGCUGGAACAUUUAAAAACAUAAUAUAAAUGUGGCACAAGAUUAAAGCAUUAACUCUACACUUUGUUUUUUUCCUUUAACGCAGUUUGAGCUCUGAUAAAACUCACCGUUUGAAACUUUUUUAUGUUGUAACUCUCAAAUUAACACAAAAUGCAAAAAAACCCAGACUUUAUCAUGAUAAUAAAUGAAUAAAAUGAGAAUAACUAUGAUGUUUUAGGCUGCAAAGAUGUAACACAGUUUUGUAAGGAAGGUAGAAGUGCAUCCAGCAGCAUAUUCACCCACACAGUUCAUGGAAGGAAUGUCUUCAAACUUCACGUUUCAGGUCAAAGAAGCGUUUUUUAAUGUCACGUUUGACUCUUUUGCUAUAGAAACCCUUGAGCCCUUUAAAACGUGCAGCGUUAUCAGUGACAAUUGCAGCUGUGUGAUGUGCUUCUUUGCCCAAAACAUUCUCAAAAAAACCCAUCUCUUAAUGCGCGGGGGAGUAGAAUAUUUUAAUGUUCUCUGCAUUGGAGCAUCUUUCUUUACAUUCAUGCUUCAAAAUCUUCUCUCUCCCCCUUUUAUGAAAGUAAUCCUCUUUUAUGAAUAUACAUAUUUAAAAAUCCCUGAAGUAAAGAUAAAGAAACCCUGCCACAUUGAUGUUUCUCUUUACUGUUGAUCAGCUUUUAGGUUUGUAGGACAUGUUUUUAGAUGAGUCUGCAUUAUUUGGAUGUCUCCGAUGCCACAUUAAGACAAAAAGAAAAUCAUUUGUGUACCUCAGGUCUGAAAAUGUCUGUUUCUAACUGCCGAAUUUUCCAGUUUCUGCAAGUCGAUGUCCUCACUGAAUAAAAGCUCUUUGAAUUAAA